AUGACAUUUAAAUAAAUUAAUAAAAAUAAUUAGCACUCAAUAAAAUAUGUAUGAUUACAAGGGCGAUGAUAAAAAUAAAUUAAUAGAAGAAAUGGAUUAUGAGUACAUGCCAUUUCAAAAAGAACGUGACAUUCACAACCGAUGUUGCGGUGGUAAAUUUUGGUGUAUUAAGGAUAUUUGUGGAAUUAUUUGCGCUAUUCUAACAUGGCUGUUAAUUAUUUAUGCGGAGUUUGUUGUUAUGGCAGUUAUAUUAAUCCCUACUAUAAAUACAGUAUAUUCGAGUUUGAAUAUGGCAAUAUUUCAAACCCUGGCAUUUUUAGCUUUCGCUUCGCAUCUCAGGACUAUGUUUACUGAUCCUGGUGCAGUACCAAAAGGUAACGCUACCAAGGAAAUGUUACAACAAAUGGGAUUUAGAAAUGGUCAAGUUAUAUUCAAAUGUCCAAGAUGUUGUUCUAUAAAACCUGAUCGUGCUCAUCAUUGUUCUGUUUGUCAAAGAUGCAUAAGAAAAAUGGAUCAUCACUGUCCAUGGGUGAAUAAUUGUGUCGGUGAAAAUAAUCAAAAAUAUUUCGUCCUAUUCACUUUUUACAUUGCCGGUAUAUCACUGCAAUCACUAUUCUUGUGCAUACAACAAUUUACAAUGUGCGUGCGGCAAGAAUGGCGUGACUGUACGACGUUCAGUCCACCAGCAACAGUUGUAUUACUAUUAUUUUUAACAUUUGAAGCUCUACUUUUUGCUAUUUUUACGGUUGUCAUGUUGGGAACUCAAUUACAAGCUAUAUGGAAUGACGAAACGGGCAUUGAACAAUUAAAAAAAGAAGAAGCUAGGUGGGUACGAAAUAGUAGAUGGAAAUCUCUUCAGGCUGUAUUUGGACGAUUUUCUAUCGCAUGGUUUUCACCUUUCACAUCACCACCUAACGCCAAAACUAAACUUGAUUCUUAUUUAUAUUCCGUAUAAUUUGUAAAUUAUAUACAUCACUUAUCAUCAAAGACUUUACUUUUAUUCUUAAGUAAUUGUAAUUAUUUUUUUUUUAAUAUAUAAUAUUAAAAUUGUACAUAU